AUGGUGAGCUCUCACGAGUUCGCCGGUACCAUUGUCGCCCAUGGACCGGAUGUCGCUCAAUUCAACAACAUCGACGAGGGAGAUCUUACCAAGCUUGAGAUCGGAACAAGAGCGAGUGUAGCAUCUCGCCACUUCAACCCUUGUGAGCCCGAAGAUGUUCUCAAUGCCAUUGGUGACGGAGUGGCGAAAACUCCACGCGAGCGUGGUGUUGAUGCAGUCGUGAUCUUACCCGAGACCCAGAAGGUCUUUGAAUAUAGAAUGAAAAUCCUGCGCUAUCACCGUCCUUGCAUGAUGAUUUCAACGCCCACGGAAGGAUUCCAUGUGUCGACACACGAUGUGGUUCUUCGCAACAUCAAGGUCGUGGGCGCCCUACCUGGUCGUAGGGCUUUGGUUGCAGGAGAUGUUUGA